AUGACUUUCACAUCAACAAUCCUCUACCCCAACUACCCGCACAAGAACUGUAACUUUAAUUACUAUCUCAACACGCACAUGCCCCUAAUCGAGGAGCUCUGGGUCCCGCUAGGAGCAGGAUUCGUCGCCGAGUAUAAGUACGUCAUCUCCGCCGUCUCCCACAAUGACGCCAAUGCGCCCGCGAUGCCGGAUGCGACCGUACACAACGUUUUCUACGACUAA